CAGAAUAACAUUAAAAGAGAUCCAACGGUUGGAACGCCAUCUAAGAUUGAAAGAAACAGUUCAAAUGAUUCCAUUUCCCGUUUCCCCAUAAUAACAAUGAAAAAGCCUGACGAGACAGAGAUACCCAACCAAUGAACCAACCCAUCUCUCUCACUCUUUCUUUCUAGACAGUUAUGAAGCUCAUCAAGGAACGCACAGUGGGUGGUGCGGCGGCGGUGGCGGGAGGCGGAGGAGAAGUGGUGGUUGUCGGGGUGAAGUUUGAUGGAGAGAGUCGAGAAUUGUUGACAUGGGCUCUAAUGAAAGUGUCGAAGCCAGGCGACCGUCUCAUUGCUCUUCAUGUCAUCACCGGUACUGAAUUUGUGGGUGCUACAGCCUCUCUUUUAUCUCUGCUCAACACAUUUGAUUCUCUCUUGGCUGUUUAUGAAGGUUUCUGCAACUUGAAACAGGUUGAUUUGAAGUUAAAAGUGUGUAGAGGGACAUCCGCCAGAAAAAUACUGGUAAGAGAGGCAAAAUCAAGUGGUGCAGCAAUGCUAAUUGUGGGUACUUCUAAGACUCAUAAAAUCCGCUCAUCGACUUCACUAGCAAAGUACUGUGCUAGAAAUUUGUCCAACAAUUCUUCUGUGCUUGCUGUUAGUAAUGGCAAAAUCAUGUUCCAAAGAGAAGCCACCCCUCUGCCUGUCGAUCAUUUACGAGAUAAAUUGAACCAACAAACUCAUGUAUCUUUACAUAUUGACAACUCUAUAGAUAAUGAGGUUGAUAAUUCUGGAACUAGUUCACAUCAUGAGUCACUUAAUGGCGGUGAUAAUUCAUUAGCUUUAGUACUAGUUCCAACAACUGAAGCUGUGCCAAAUUCUGAUUCCUCUGCGGUUGUAAGAUUACCAGAGGGUAAACUUGGUUGGUCAAUUCUUCGCCGGAUCUUUUUACCCAAGCGCUGGAUUACAGAGAAAUCUCGUGGGAAAAAGACUUCUGUGACCAAAUGCGUACAGAAGCUGCCAAGCUCGAAUUCUUCUUCGGUAGUGUAUCCUGAUCAAAAACAGAACAAUUCAAACAUGAAAGAAGAUCAAUGGUCCAUUUUGGAUGGAGAGAAUGGUGCUAUUGUGCCUGUGGUCGAACCUAACAUUUCAUGGUGUGCUAUCUCACCAUCUCAUGGUUCAGAUGGCCUUCCUGAAGAAUUGAAAGGUCUGCAUGAGAAAUAUUCAUCAUCAUGUAGAUUGUUCAGUUAUGAUGAACUUUGUUUGGCGACUUCUAAUUUCAUGCCUGAAAAUAUGGUAGGCAAGGGUGGCAGUAGUCAUGUUUAUAAAGGCUAUCUACCUGAUGGAAAGGAAUUGGCAGUAAAAAUCUUAAAGCCUUCUGAAGAUUCUCUAAACGAGUUUGUUGCUGAAAUUGAGAUCAUUAUGACUCUGCAUCAUAGUAACAUAAUCUCCUUAUUCGGGUUCUGUUUUGAUCAUAACAAUUUACUCUUGGUUUACGAUUUCUUAUCAAGAGGAAGCCUAGAAGAUAACCUUCAUGGCAAUAAGAAGGACAACGAUUCAUUUGGUUGGGGAGAGAGAUAUAAGGUGGCAUCGGGUGUGGCCGAGGCCCUUAACUAUCUACACAAUAUAUGUGAUCAGCAUGUAAUCCAUAGGGAUGUGAAAUCUUCAAACAUACUUUUAUCAGAUGAGUUUGAGCCACAGCUGUCAGAUUUUGGACUUGCCGGUUGGAUUACAGCAUCUUCAUCCCAUAUAGCUUGCACUGAUGUUGCUGGAACGUUUGGUUACUUGGCUCCAGAGUAUUUCAUGCAUGGCAAAGUUAGUGAAAAAGUAGACGUCUUCGCAUUUGGUGUGGUGCUUCUGGAGCUUCUUUCUGGUAGAACGCCAAUAAGUGAAAAAAGUCCAAAGGGCCAAGAGAGUCUUAUUAUGUGGGCAAAACCAAUUCUAGAGGGUGGUAAAGUUUCCGAACUGCUUGAUCCAAGUGUAGGAAACGGGUAUGAUGAUGAUGAGAUUGAGAGAAUGGUUUUGGCUGCAAGAUUAUGUAUCAGACAGUCUCCAAGAUUUCGGCCUCAAAUUAGCCUUGUUUUGAAGCUCCUGCAAGGUGACAGUGAAGUCAUAAAUUGGGCGAGAGAAGAUGUUAGGACAUCAGAAGAAUCGGACGAGGAAGAAUCUCCUACAAGUAUCGAAUCCCAUCUUAAUCUUGCAUUGCUAGAUGUGGAGGAUGAUGAUUCUGCGUCUGGAAGGAGCAUUUCAUUAGAGGAUUACUUACAAGGGAGAUGGAGCCGCACAUCAAGCUUUGACUAACAAUAUUUUGCAGGAAUUUAGUGUGAAGAUGUUUCUGUUUAUAGUUUGUAUUUUCUGUAAAUCCCUAUUCUUGGUUGGUUUGGUCUUGGAAGAGAGGUGGCUUGCCCCCUCCGAGACUUUUAAAUCUUUGUAUUCUGAGUAUACGUAAGGGUUCCUGUUAUAAACCACAACCAGAUACUCAAUGUCAUAGAUCAACUUGCGGCGGUUGUCCGAAAAGUAAAAAGUAGUUCAACGAGAGAGAUACGGAGAUUCUUAAGAGAAUUUGAAAAUGAUAGAGAUUUUAGAGAAAAGUUGGAAGAAUUAGUUGCAAAGCAAACUAAAUUUUGAUUAAGAAAUUUGUUGUUUAUUAUGAUGUCUAGUGAUGUUAUGUACAAUCAGUGGUAAUCUAACAUCAUUUGACGAGCUUA